UGAACAGAAAAAAGAUGCAUGCUCGACCAACUUGUCCACUCCUCCUCCACUUUCUUGGGGUUACCACUAAAGUUUCCGCUUUCAAUCCAAUCCCAAGAACCCUAAAAAGAUGACAACUUUGAAUUGGGUUUUCAAUCUUUCCCUCAUCAUCUGCGUUGCCAAGCUCCAUUUCAUCAGUUGCAGGGCAAGUUUUUCUCCAGACCCACCCAAUCAGCAGCUGUUGGACAGAGUUUUGAAGCUUCCAGGCCAGAAUUUCAAUGUGAGCUUUGCGCACUACGCGGGCUAUGUGACUGUCAACAAAGAAUCUGGGAGAGCGUUGUUUUAUUGGUUCUUUGAGGCUGAUGAGGACCCUUCUUCCAAGCCUCUUGUUCUUUGGCUCAAUGGAGGGCCAGGAUGCUCAUCUAUUGCCUAUGGACUUGCUGAGGAAAUUGGGCCUUUCCAUGUUGAAAAAGAUGGAAAGACCCUUUAUUUGAAUCCAUACUCUUGGAAUAAAGUUGCAAAUAUAUUGUUUCUGGACUCUCCAGUUGGCGUUGGGUUUUCGUAUUCAAACACUUCUUCCGACUCACUGAACAAUGGUGACAAACGGACAGCUACCGAUAACCUAGAAUUUUUGCUGCAAUGGUUUGAACGUUUUCCACAGUACAGAGGAAGUGACUUCUACAUUACGGGUGAAAGCUACGCCGGACACUAUGUUCCUCAAUUAAGCCAAGCCAUUGUGAGGCACAACUCAAAAAAUGACCAAAAGAUAAUCAAUCUCAAGGGUUUCAUGGUUGGAAACGCUCUAACUGAUGAUUUUCACGAUCACUUGGGAGUCUUCCAGUUCCUGUGGUCUGUCGGUAUGAUUUCGGAUCAGACCUUCAAGCAGUUGAACGUCUUAUGUGACUUCCAGUCCUUCAUACACGCCUCGGAACGCUGUGAGAAAGCUCUUGGCAAUGCUGAUGAAGAAAUUGGAGACAUUGAUAUGUACAGCAUCUUUACUCCUCCCUGCACAGCUAAUUUCAGUAGAUUAAGCCAUCCGUGGAAAAGAAACAGGAAAGUUGGUCUUCUCCGAAGAGCAUAUGAUCCCUGCACGGAGCGGCACUCCACUGUCUACUUCAAUCUUCCAGAGGUUCAAAAUGCUAUUCAUGUUCAUAGCAAAAACUCGCCAUUGAAAUGGGAAACUUGCAGUGACGCGGUGAAUGAAAAUUGGAAGGAUUCUCCUAGGUCGGUUCUCAAUGUCUACCGCGAGCUUUUACAUUCGGGCAUCCGAAUAUGGAUCUUCAGUGGUGAUACAGACGCUGUAAUUCCAGUUACAUCGACCCGUUACAGUAUAGAUGCUCUAAAGCUUCCAACAGUUAGUCCCUGGCGUGCUUGGUAUGAUGAUGAUGGCCAGGUAGGAGGAUGGACACAAGAAUAUGAGGGGUUGACUUUUGUGACGGUGAGAGGAGCAGGCCAUGAAGUUCCCUUGCACAAACCGAAGCAAGCGUUAACUCUAAUCAAGUCGUAUCUAUCAGGAAACUCGAUGCCAAAACUUGAACUAGUGAGUGAUUUAUAGUUUUUCUCCACUUGUUCAGUUUGAUGCUUUUUUCCUGAGCUGGAAGACGGCUAGCUCAUGGUUGUGGGAGGGUUGAUGCAGAAGAUUUCGAUGUUUUUUAAGUGAUUAGACAUUGAUUCUGGAUCACAAUUAUAUGUUUUAAGAACAAUAGUUGUAAUACCACUAUGGUUUGAAGAAUUACAGUUAUAAUUAGUGGUAUUUCUAUUAA